AUGGCAUUUUUGCCCAUCCGCGUCAUCUUCCGAUUUCUUUUGAUCCGCGCGUUGAUAGGCAUGCGAGCUCGUCUGCGAUUGGGCGUAAAGCUUUAUCUACACAGCUAUCGUUUGGCCCUCAAAACUACCUAUAUUAAUCGCUCUGUCCCGCAACUUUUUGUGAACAGCUUUGCCUCAAAACUUUUGCCAAUGGAGAAGAUAAAGCACAUUCUCAGUUCUGAGCGUACUGUUCAGGACGAAAAGCUUGUAUCAAGUGAUGUCCCAGACGAGUUGGCUCUUUCCGUGUCCAAGUCAGCAGAAUAUGAUCCAGUUGACCAGACUAUUGCAGCCCAAAUCUCGAAUGAUGAGUACGCUGCUAUCACCGUCGAGGAUGACUCUCCAUAUCCCGAAGUGAGAGCUUCUGUUCCUUCUACAGAUGACCCAUCUUUGCCUCAGGGUACCAUUCGUAUGUGGGUUAUCGGUUUCAUUUUGACUACCCUUGGAUGUGGUAUGAACAUGCUUUUUUCCAUGCAUUCUCCAUCUUUCUCCAUUACCACUUUCGUCACUUCUGUUUUGGCCUAUCCUAUUGGUAAGGCUUGGCAGUGGUGGAUGCCAAAAGUUGAUAUCUUCGGUUUGCCUUUGAACCCAGGGCCUUUCAACUUGAAAGAACACACUCUUAUUACUGUCAUGGGCUCUGCAUCCUUUGGUGGUGGUGUUGCUUACGCUACGGAUAUCCUCUUGGCCCAAAACAGAUUCUACAGCUCUGACUUUGGUGUUGGUUUUGGCAUUUGUGCUAUUUUGUCUACCCAAGUUAUUGGUUUCUCUUUGGCAGGUUUGGCUCGUAAAGUUUUGGUUGAUUCUCCCUCUGCCAUUUGGCCAUCUAACUUGGUCACGGCCACUUUCUUGACCAAUCUUCACAUCAACGCAAAUCACGAAGCUAACGGUUGGAAAAUUUCCAGACUUGCGUUCUUUGGUUUGAUUUUUGUUGGAAACUUCAUCUGGUACUUUUUCCCGGGUUACAUCUUUACUGCAUUGUCUUACCUUGCUUGGCCAACAUGGAUUGCACCAAAUAACGUUACUGUUAACCAGGUGUUCGGUGCUUCUAGUGGUAUGGGUUUGAUGCCUACUACUCUUGAUUGGAACCAAAUUGCUGGAUACAUUGGUUCUCCUUUGAUUCCUCCCGCAUCAACUAUCCUCACUAUCUUCCUGUCGAUUGUUCUUAUCUUUUGGAUUAUCGUUCCAGCAGUUUAUUACUCCAACACUUGGUAUUCCAAGUACUUGCCAUUUUCCAGUUCAGGAUCUUAUGACAGAUACGGCCAGACAUACAAUGUUCUGAAAAUUGUUAAUGUUGACACUUUGAGUUUUGACAAGAAGGCUUACGAGAACUACUCGCCAUUGUUCAUUUCUUCGACUUUUGCUAUUUCCUAUGGUUUGUCUUUUGCUUCUAUCAUUGCAACUUUAGUUCACACAGCUUUGUUCCACGGAAAAGAUAUCAUCAACCAAAUCAAACAGAAGGAAAAGCCAGAUGUGCACUUGCGUUUGAUGAGACAAAACUACAAGAAUAUUCCUGAGUGGUGGUUUGGAAUUACUUUCCUCUGCUCGCUCGCCCUUGCAAUUGUCACCAUCAGAUGCUGGAACACUGAAAUGCCUGUUUGGUCUUUGUUUGUUGCUCUUUUGAUUGCCAUUGUUUUCUUGUUACCUGUUGGUGUUAUCUAUUCGCUCACAAAUAUUGCAGUUGGUUUGAACGUUGUUACCGAGUUCAUUAUUGGUUACAUGGUUCCAGGUAAGCCAUUGUGUAUGAUGUUCUUCAAGACUUUUGGUUACAUCACCAACAGUCAGGCUGUUACUUUCUCCCAAGACAUGAAAUUGGGUCACUACAUGAAGGUUUCCCCACGUCUUAUGUUCUGGGUUCAAAUGCUCGCUACCAUUUGGGGAUCCCUUGUGCAAAUGGGUGUUUUGAGAUGGGCUUAUGGUGCUAUUGACAACUUGUGUGACCAACACCAAAAGAACCACUACAGUUGUCCAAACGGUAGAGUCUUUUUCAAUGCUUCUAUCAUCUGGGGUGUUAUUGGCCCAGAAAGAGUUUUCGGUGACGGUGCAGUCUACCACAAGAUUCUUUUCUUCUUCCUUUUGGGUUUCUUGCCUGUUGUCAACUGGUUGAUAUUGAAGAAGUGGCCAAACUCUAAGAUUAGAUGGUUGAACUGGCCUGUUUUCUUCUCUGGUACCGGUUACAUUCCACCUGCCACGCCAUACAACUACUCCACUUACUGUGUUGUUGGUAUGCUCUUCAGUGUUUUCAUCAAAAAGAGAUGGACUCACUGGUACUUCAAGUACAACUACUCCCUUUCCGCCGGUUUGGAUAUUGGUUUGGCCUAUUCUACAUUGAUCAUUUUCUUGGCUUUGCAAUUGACAACUACUGACUUCCCAAGCUGGUGGGGCAACAAUGUUGUUAACGGCACUCUUGACACCAAUAUUAUGACUAACUCGUGGACCCUUGCUGAGGGUGCCUUCUUUGGACCAACUAAGUGGUAA